CAGCGCAUGCUUUGUCUGAAAAAAAACCGAGACGCGCAUCCUCCACUUCACAGCCAUGGCCUCGCAGCAGCCACCACCCUCGCCGCCGCUAUCCGUUCCGACCACCAUUGGCGCUCUCACGGACGACCUCCUCCGCGAGGUCUUUCUCCGCCUCCCGGACCUCCCGAGCCUUGUCUGCGCGGCCUUCACCUGCCGCCCCUUCCUCCACGCCGUCCGCUCCUCUCCGCCCUUCCGCCGCCGCUUCCGCGCUCUCCACGCACCGCCCCUGCUCGCCCUCUUUCGCGAACCCGACAUGAGCGCUAUCGUCCCUGCCGCAAGCCGUAGCUCCGACCCGGCCAUCGCCGGCGCCUUCGCUGAUUUACUCCGAGACGACGACGCAUCCGAGUGGAGGACAUAUUCUCAGAUCCCCUACUCCGACGGGUUCGUCCAAUUCGUCAACCGGAGCACCGAGCUGGUUGUCUCCUACAACCCCCACAUGCCGUCUCUGGCCAUCUUCCCCAAGAAGCCUCACGACGAACCCUACCUUGAGUUCCACACGCUCCCUCCCGACCAAGAGCACCAGAGCCCAUCCCGUGUGGUCUGUGUCCGUCACGAUUGCUCAUGGGCGUGCGCGCGCGUGGCCGUCUUCUCAUCUCACGCCAUGAAGUGGCAGAUCUUCCCGGAGUCUCGGAAACCACUGCUUCAAGGCGACAUGCACACGAUUUGUACGGUUGUCGAUCGGUUCGUCUGUUGGUUAGAUCCGGGGGAAGACUGCAUUCUGGCGCUCAACACUGCCACCUUUCAGUUCUGUCGAAUGGAUCUGCCGGCCUCCUUGAGAGGGUCAUACUCAAGAUUUAAGAUUGGUCAGAUCAAGGAUGGGAGGCUCUGUAUGGUAAAUGUACAGGAAUGCACGCUUUCUGUUUGGCUUUGGACACCCGACAAUCUCGGCGUCGGCAGAUUCGUGCUGCACAAGAUGUUUCCAUUGCACACAAUUGUCAAGGAGAUCACUAAGCGUCCAGUCGAGGAUAAUGUUGAUGUUGGAGAUCUUAUGGAGGUUAUUAGUGGGUUUGUGUACCUAUCUGUUGUCUACUCCAGGGACCGGCAAUCUUCCGAGUGGUUCCUAUCCUUCUGCCUGGAAACCGCAGAGGUGAACUUGCUCUUUAAGGAAACACGACGUUCUUACUGCCCUGUUGAUCCAUACAUCAUGGUCUGGCCUCCUUCUUUGAUACACAACAAGGAGGGCUCAGAAACUGAAGUUACUGGAGACAGUGCUGGAGCUGAUGGUCCGGUCCACACCAAAGAAGCUUCUCCUGUCCUCUUCACAGCAUUGCAAUCAUUCAAAGAAGCUUUGAUUGAUGGCGACGGCACCAAAAUCGCAGAGAUGGAGGCCUUCUUACUUGAUGCUGAGCUCGGCUCUCUUCUGAACAGAAUCACUACUUUAGAUGUAGCAUUAGCAGCUGGGAGAGACCGUGUGUUGAGAAUAGGUGCUCGCCCUGAUAUCUGUAGGGAAGAGAUGGGGAGAGAGGGUUGGUGGCAAAUGUUCAAGGAGGUGUUGUGGAGAGCUUCUUCCCGCCUCUUUGCCAGUUGAUCUUGGAUUAAGCUUAGGUGGAAAUGCGUUGCUGAUUUAGUUAUUGGAUGGUGUGAAGUGUGAACUGAACUCAUUACGUGCUACUUAGUUACGUUGUAAGUGUGUUAACGUAUCAGUGCCUAUGUCUGUUUGGCAAGACACGUUGCCUGAUCUACAUGCAGAGACUGACCAAUCAUAUAAGCCAUGAGUCCAUGAGCUUUUAUCGUA